AUGCUCGGCGACGACGAGGACGUCUUCGAGAGCGUCGCAUGGGAGACUCCGUCUGCUGGCUACCAUACCGCUGAAGCACCGACUCCACCAACUGGCCCAGGAUUCAAGCAAAGCACCGAUCCAGAGGAUGCUGCGCAAGAGCGUGGUCCUCAUGACCCCAAAUGGGAGGGCUACCUCAUUCCAAGUGUCCUAGACCCCAUAAAGGAGCUUGCUGAGACGAAAGAUGCCUAUGUCUCGUAUCUUAUAUCUGCAAAGACCAACCUCCCUAUAUUCUCGACUCGCAACCCCUCUGCCCGGAGACGCUUCCAGGACUUCGUCUUCCUAAGGGAACAUCUCACCAAGGACUUCCCUGCAUGUGUUGUGCCACCUCUGCCAGAGAAGCAUCGUCUUGAAUACGUCACUGGAGACAGAUUCAGUCCGGAGUUUCUUGAGCGUCGUCGACAAGACCUCGAACUGUUCCUCAAGCGCCUGGCUCGCCAUCCGACUCUACAACGCAGUACACUCGUCAGAGCUUUCUUUGAAUCAACGGAAUGGCACGUAACAAUGCACCAACACGUAGCCCACCCUCCAACAGGUCCCGAAUCCAGUUCAGGCGUCCUCGACAACAUCUCCGACACCCUCCUCAACGCCUUCGCAAAACUCCGCAAACCCGACGAACGCUUCCUCGCAAUGCGCGACGGGGUCGACAAGUCCGAAGAAGGUCUCCAUUCCUCGGAACGAAUUUGGAAUAGAUUACGCUCUAGGACAAGCGAUGGCAAUCCUGAAUCUUCUGGCGAAGACCUUUCUUCCGACUAUCAUGACUUGGCUGUUGCGGUUCAGGGGCUUGGGUUCUUGGAAUCUGGGAUCACGGACCCUCUUAACCAUUUCUCCAACACGUUAUUGGAGUUUUCUGCAAUGCUGAGACACCAGACGACAGCAACGACAGACCCAUUCCUCACCCAACUCCGUUCACUCAUAGCUUACUCACAUGCUCACCGAGCAGUGUUAAGACUACGUGACCAAAAGCAGUUGGACUUCGAGGAACUAUCAAACUACCUCUCCGGCGUCACUCUUGAGCGUGAUAGAUUAUCUGCGGUCAUUGCUGGGCGAGCAGGUAGCACAGGCCUCGGUCUAGGAGCCUACUUACGAGACAGAGUUGAUGCUCUACGAGGAGCAGACGACGACCGUAGUCGUGUAGAACGUAUGAAGAAGUUAGACUCGAAGAUCAAAGAGUUGCAAGAGGCAGUAAGCACGGCACACGAAACCUCCGAAGCUUUCAGCGACGAGACGCUGAAAGAGCAAGUCAUCUUCCAACGAGCGAAGGAAGCGGAGAUGAAAGAGAUGCUAGGGUCUCUCGCAGAUGGACAGAUCGAGAUGUAUAAAUCUGCCAUCGAGGAAUGGGAGCGGGUUAUUCCUAUCCUUCAACGCAUACGAGUUGAUAUUUAA